AUAAUUUAUAUUUUUUAUUGGUCAUGUAUGUGUUUGUGAAUUUAUACAUUGAUGUGUUUGAGGUCUCUACCGUCUCUCCCGUCUCUACUCUUCUUCUUGAUUUCGAUUUUCGAUUCAUGAGACAAAUAUUAAGCAAUAAAAUAAUAAUUUAAAUAUUUUAAAAAUGGAAAUAUUUUCUCCAGCUGCUGCUUCACCAAAGCCAAUAAAACCUGGAGAAUUAACUGGUAGUUCAAGAGUAGUCAAAGAUUAUGUUGCUGACAUUCAUUCAUGUGUUCAAAAAUGGAAUGAUACAAUGAAUCAUGGAGUACCAUUAUUAAAAAAUAUAGAAGCUAUUAAAGUUGAUGAAUCAUUUCCAAAUGGUCUUCAAGAAAUUUGUGAUGAUCUUGAAAAAGAUGUCAAUCGAUUUAAUGAAAUUGUAUGUAGUUUAGAAGUUAUUGUAAAACAAUUAAGAUCAGUUGUUAAAUUUAAUCAUGGAAAAGAAAAAUUAUUUCGCGCAUGGCCAGAUGAAUAUUUUGUUGAUGCUGCAAAUUUGAUUUAUAAUUCUUAUCGACAAGAAGCAAUUGUCAAGCAAACAGUAUUGGAAAAUGUUGCUCAUGAUCAUCGUUUAGAAGCUCAAAUGUUACAUAGGGCUGCUUGGAUACAUGAACCAAUGAUUCCAUAUGAUUUAAAUAAAACAUUAGAAUCAAUGCUCAUUGAAACUGGCUACAAAUAAUCAACAAAAAUAUACAAAUUCAAUUAAUUUUAAUAAUAAACAAAUUAUUUAUUGG